GAACGGCUACUAUUCUUUUACCUCUAAUAAUCGGACCCUAACGCCGAAAGGGGCCCAUUUUCAACCCCUAUAAAUAAGCGGUGCUUUCACUUUCUUUAUUAUCUCCAACCUCUUCUCUAGUCCCUUAGUCUCUCGCAUAACUGCGUUCUCUAGUAAUUUACCAUGGCAACAAGGAUGGCUGCUAGAUAUGUAUCUCGAAGGUUCUCAAGUGGUGGUAAAAUACUUAGUGAGGAGGAAAAAGCUGCUGAAAAUGUUUACAUCAAGAAAACUGAGCAAGAGAAAUUGGAGAAGCUUGCACGCAAGGGCCCCAAACCAGAAGAGACAGCUACCUCAGGUCCAGGGGGGUCACCAACUGAUGUCAAACCAAGUGCUUCGUCUUCUUCAACAACAGGAGAAUCAACUGAGAAGAUAUCAACUGAUAAAUACAAGAAUUAUGCAGUGGUUGCUGGUAUAGUUACUAGUUUUGGUGCUCUGGGAUGGUAUCUGAAUUCUCGAGGGAAGAAAACUGAAGAGGUUCAAGAUUGAGACCACUGUGAUAGAGCGUGAAGAGGCAUCUUGAGACAAAUGGUGGCAGUUAGCAAUAAACAGGAUUUUGGGCAUCAACUCUAUUUUAACUUUUAGAGCUACGCUUGGCUGGAUUUUAUUUACUUCUGCAUUUGAAAAUGGCUUUUGGAUGGGGGGGAUGUCCUCAAUGCUUUUACCUUAACAUCAAAGGGGUUUUUUUUUUUUUUUCUUUUAUUUCCUUUUCUUUUUCUGCAUGUGCAAUCGAUUAAUCAUAGAUAAUUACUUGAUCA